UGGACCAAACAACGGUCUGAGCAUCUGAGCAAUGUUUAUCACGACAAAAAAUCCCCAGUUGAACCAUUUGUAACCGACUAUUUCACUGUUUUGGCUGCAAUGCCCUUAAAAUGAAAGUCGUAGGCCUACCUCAUAAGUUUACUUUUUGGAAGUUUUGUGUUGUUCUUGUAAUGAGUCAGGAUGUUCUUUGUAAAUAUGUUAACAUAGCUGUCGACGUCAAAACGCCGCUGAGGAAUUUAAAACAUUUUUGGAGGAGCACUGGGUACUGCCCACCUCUUCCUCACUCCGAGGCAGAUGUGUAUGACCUGAGCAGGGAUGAGGAGUUGAAUUUGGCCUAUAUUGGCUCCGUUCCCCACAGUGGAAUUCAGCAGGUGCGGAUUCACUGGCUCCUGGAGCUUGUUACUGCACAUGUUGUGGAUGGAGAGGCUAAGUACAAUUUCACAAAUCUGGAUAAACUGAUGGAUCAGCUGUGGCAGAAUGGUCUUAAACCAGGAUUUGAGUUGAUGGGAAGUGUGUCCAACUUUUUUCAUGACUUUGAGGACAAACGACAAGUGAUGGAAUGGCGUAACCUGGUCUAUCAUACAGCUAUGAGGUACAUUGGGAAGUAUGGCCUGGGAUAUGUCUCACAGUGGAAUUUUGAGACAUGGAAUGAGCCCAACAAUCAUGAUUUUGACAAUGUCACUGUUUCCAUACAAGGGUUCUUGAAUUAUUAUGAUGCCUGCUCAGAGGGCCUUUGGGCAGCCAGCCCUGCCUUAAAGUUUGGGGGUCCUGGAGACUCCUGCCACUCCCCUCCCCACUCCCCGUACUGCUGGGCCAUGCUGCACCACUGUUAUAAUGGAACAAACUAUUUCACUGGAGAGAGGGGGGUUCGUCUUGAUUACAUCGCCCUGCACAAAAAGGGUGGGGGAUACUCUCUACCAAUAUUGCAACAGGAGAUUGAUACAGUGAAAGAAAUUCAGCAACAUUUCCCAUCAUUUAAGUCAAAACCCAUAUAUAAUGAUGAGGCUGAUCCUCUUGUGGGCUGGUCGAAACCACUGUUAUGGAGAGCGGAUGUGACCUAUGCUGCCAUGGUGAUAAAGGUGAUCGGUCAGCAUCAGGACAUGCUCAUAGCCGACCCCGACAACAACAUCAAUUACACUCUCCUGAGCAACGACAACGCCUUCCUUAGUUACCACCCCUACCCAUUCACCCAGCGCACGCUCACAGCCCGUUUCCAGGUCAACAACACCAAGCCACCACAUGUGCAGUUGCUAAGGAAACCUGUUUUGACUGUUAUGGGAUUGCUGGCAUUGUUAGGAGAAACGCAAGUGCUAGCUCAACUGUCAGAUGAUGCACCUGAGAAUAAUACAGUUGGAGUCCUGGCGAGCAUCCAUAAACCCUCGAUUCCUGGGACCUCUGACAGUUGGCAGUCCACCACUGUCAUCUACAAUAGCAAGGACAACGUUACCUCUUCUGAUGUUGAUCAGAUCCAAAUUCAGCUCAAAGGUUUCCCCACUCAGCAAGGACUUAUGUAUGUCACAUACUACCUGGACAAUAAUUCAACAAAUCCUCACCAGCUGUGGCAAAGCAUGGGAGGCCCAGAUUUCCCCACUGCGGAGCAGUUCAGGCAACUGAGGUUUCUAGAGGACCCAGUGAUUGAAGGGCCCUUGCCUUUUCCGGAUGGGGGAGGUAUAACCCUGAAGGCGAAUCUACCCAUCCCAUCCAUCCUCGUGGUCCAUGUGUGUGCCAAACCCAGCGCUGCUCCAGGCCAGGUAAAUGGUUUGCGUUUCAUUUCCAUCACAAAAGGCCAGGUUCUUAUUGUGUGGAAGGACCACUGUAUUAAUUCCAAGUGCAUUAAAUCCUAUGAGAUAGAGUUCUCCAGGGACCUGGUCAAAUUCCAAAGGAUAAAUGAUCACAAUACCAUCUUUACUUCGUAUGUGUAUUCAUCAGAAAACAUGGAGGUGUCUGGUUUCUACCGCGUACGAGCAGUGGACUACUGGGGAAGAUCUGGGGAGUUUUCACUAACAGAGAAAUAUGUGGAGGACCAGUGACCACAACAGUCAAUCAUUGCUGCUGCUUAGAACUUGAAUGUAUUUUUCUACCAAUUGCACGCACGAUGUACUGUAUGUAUUUGCACAACAAUUUUAGAUUAGGAUAGUAACAAGGGAAUAAAUCAUGAGAAGUUUUAAAUCAUGCCAGUGAAUAAACAAAUGAUGCUUGA